AUGAUUCAUCAUUUCUUGAGCCAGGUUGGAACAAAAAUCUACAGCAACAAAGUUCUUGAAGGAUGGAUAGUAAGGGUGCGAAAGGUCGCUUACUGUGUUGAGGACAUAAUAGAUGAGUACUGCUAUAAUAUUACUCUUGUACAGGAUGAAGGUCGUUUUAAGAGGGUAAUUCACAAAACAUUCUUUACAAAUGCUUUUCAUCGCAUCGCUGUUGAGCUGAAAGACAUCGAGGAAGAGAUCAAACACCUGUCACAGCUGAAAAGGGACUAUCGAGAAAUGUUCAAUGAGUUACUCGACAAUGCUAGCGAUAAUGCUGAUAUGCACCUCCUCUCAUCUAAUCGUUCUCUACAUUCCAUAAAAGAAUAUGAGAUUGUUGGGAUGAAGGAAGACAUGGAACUGCUUGAUAAAUGGCUGGAUCCCAAGGAACUAGGUCGAAUAGUAAUAUCAGUGUGGGGUUUUGGUGGAUUGGGUAAAACAACCCUAGUCAGGAAGGUGUAUGAUUGGGAGAAAGGGCUGAAAAGUUUUGAUUGUUACUCAUGGAUUACAGUGUCACAUAAUUACAACAUUGAUGCCAUAUCAAGGAAGUUGAUUCAAGAGUUGAGUGAGGACCAAAGCAAAGUUCCUUCUGAUCUUGAUACUAUGCACCGUGGCCAGCUGAACAAAGCAUUGAAGGAGGUGCUAUCAUAUAAAAAAUACUUGAUUGUACUCGAUGAUGUAUGGGAUACUGGGGCUUUCCAUGAGCUGAUAGACUCACUGAUAGAUGACUACAAAGGAAGUAGGAUAAUAAUCACAACUAGGAACAAUGAUGUUGCUUCAUUGGCUCAAGAAAUGUACAAGAUGAAGCUUAAUCCACUAGGCAAUGAUGAUGCAUUUGAACUCUUUCGUAAAAGGUGUUUCCAGAAAAGCAAUAUGGAGUACCCCUCUCAUUUGGAGGAAUUGUCUAGGCAGCUUGUGAACAAGUGUGGAGGUUUGCCAUUGGCAAUUAAUGCAAUAGGCAAUGUAUUGGCUGUACAGGAAUCAAGAGAAAUAGUAUGGAGAAGAAUAAACAACCAAUUCAGAUGUGAAUUGGAGGACAAUCCUGGCCUAGACAAAGUAAAGAGUGCAAUGAGCAUAAGCUUCAUGUACCUGCCAAGGCAUCUGAAAAAUUGUUUUCUGUAUUGCAGUAUGUUCCCGCAAGAUUACGUUUUCAAUCGUGAGCUUCUUUUGAAGCUAUGGAUAGUAGAGGGUUUUGUAAAACAAAGAGGAACGAGUACACUGGAGGAGGUUGCAGAUGGCUACUUCAUUGAGUUGAUCCAACAAAGCAUGAUGCAACUUGUCGAGAACGAUGAGAUCGGCAGAGUGGUGAGCUGCAGAAUGCAUGAUAUCAUGCGAGAAUUAGGACUCACCUUUUCUAGGAAGGAAAGAUUUGGUCUGGCAGACAUAAACAUUGAAACUGAGAACAAGGAUGAUGUCCGCCGGCUACUUAUGUCAAACCAAGAGCAAGUGAAUCAGCUACUAAGAUCAACCAUGGAUCUUCCUCAUCUUAGGACAUUCAUCGCAACCAACAAAGUUGCAAAUUAUCAGUUGUUAUGUUUACUGAUUUCCAGGUGUAAAUACCUAGCUGUUCUGGAGUUACGAGACUCACCCCUAGACAAGAUUCCAGAAAAUAUCGGGGAUCUGUUCAACUUGCGCUACUUUGGCCUAAGGAGGACACAUGUUAAGUCCCUUCCGAGAUCAAUUAAAAAGCUUUCCAAUUUAGAAACUCUAGACAUGAAGUCCACUAAGAUUGAAACUCUCCCAAAAGAGGUAGCUAAACUAAAGAAGCUGAGGCACAUCUUUGCUGAGAAAUUGGAUGAUCCAGAAGAGAAGGAGUUGCGCUAUAUCCGUGGUGUGAAAUUUCCACAUGGUAUAUUUGAUUUGGUACAGCUGCAGACUCUGAAGACUGUCGAAGCAACUAAGAAAUCCGUGAAACUACUAAAAUCCUUGCCUGAUCUGAGGCUUUUGUGCGUUGAGAAUGUACGCCGUGAUGACUGUGCAACGCUGUUUUCAUCCUUGUCGAAUAUGAGCCAACUCAACAGCUUUCUCAUCAGUGCCAAUGAUCUGAAUGACCCACUGGAUUUUGAUGCUUUCAAUCCUAAAAGUACAAAGCUAGAGAAGCUCUUUAUCAGAGGAUGCUGGGACAGCGAGACAUUCUGGAAACCAGUGUUUCGUAACUAUGGUGCAAAUAUCAAGUACCUGACACUCACUUUUUGCAAAAAUAUUGCGGAUCCACUAUUAUCGAUCUCAUCCAGCAUGCCAAAUCUGAUAUUUUUAAGCAUACGCAGGGGAUGCUGGGCUGAGGACAUAACUCUUCGUGCAGGGUGGUUUCCUCAUCUGAAGACUCUUUGCCUAGGAAACAUGGAGCUUAGAAGGCUUUGCAUUGAGGAGGGUGCCGUUAUCAGGCUGGAAGUGCUGCUUCUGCUAUCCCUCAUGUCUCUCAAGGAGGUUCCAAAAGGUUUGGACCUUGUUCGAUCCCUCAAGAAGCUCAAUGUCUCCAUGCCACACCAUGAGUUCAAGGUAGAGUGGGAGAGAGACAACUGGAAGAUGAAAUUGCACCAUGUCCAAGACAUACGUGUGUAA